AAAUCUUCUUCUUUUGUGCUCAAUUCAAGGUUUUUUGAAUAAUGGGUAACAGAGUAAUCUGCAUGAAGAAGAAAGAUGUUGUUAUCAGAAGUGGAGGAGAUGGAUCCAGAAGCAAGAGAGUGAAUCGUUCACAAAGGAAGUUGCUUGCUGAUGAAGAGAGUUUGCAUCGAAGAGCUUUGUCUAUGGCUAUUCAUCAAGCUCAGGUUUCUCAGAGAUUUGAUGGAUCCAUGUCUAGACGUAUCGGUUCCACUAGCUCUAGAAGAGGAACACUCUCUGACCCAUUUGCUAAUAACAAACAGGUACCUGAGUUUUUGGAGAGCUUGACGGUAAUUCUGGUGGGUCACAGUACUGGAGGUGCAUGUGUUUCGUAUGCGUUAGAGCGGUUUCCAGAGAAAAUCUCAAAAGCUAUAUUCAUAUGUGCAACUAUGGUUACUGAUGGACAAAGACCCUUUGAUGUCUUUGCUGAUGAGCUUGGUUCUGCCGAACGGUUCAUGAAAGAGUCGCAGUUCCUGAUCUAUGGAAACGGCAAAGACAAGCCCGCGACGGGGUUCAUGUUUGAGAAACAACACAUGAAAGGCUUGUACUUCAAUCAGUCACCCAAUAAGGACAUUGCAUUGUCGAUGAUAUCGAUGCGGCCUGUACCAUUUGGUCCCAUGAUGGAGAAGCUGUCACUUAGUGCAGAAAGAUAUGGGAAAGGUCGAAGAUUCUACGUUCAGACGCUCGAUGACUUGGCUCUUUCACCGGACGUUCAAGAGAAACUGGUCAGAGAGAAUAGUCCUGAAGCAGUUUUUAAGAUCAAAGGAAGUGAUCAUUGCCCUUUCUUCUCUAAACCUCAGUCUCUUCACAAGAUCCUUCUUGAGAUAGCUCAGAUUCCUUAAAAAAGACACAAAUCUUGAAUUCAGAAUGUAUAAUACUUUCAUUUUUUUUCCUACACGUUUGUAUAUUCUUAUUUACGAUUAAUAUACAAAACAAGAUUAU